CCCACACAAUGUAUACAUAGGCGAAAGACGCGAAUUAACCCUCGAUGAACAACAACGGUUACGUGACCAAACCCACGAUAAAAUUCUCAAAAUAUUUAGGCACAAAGAAGCAAUAAUUCCCCAAGAUAAAAAUUAUCCCAAUUACGACCCAAAUACAACAGUCUAUGAGAGAACUAAAGAAAUAUCAAAACGCAGAAGUAGGAACAAACCCGUAAUCGUCAAAGAGGAUCAUGAUACUUACAUUAUUGAUACGCAUGACCGAAAAAUUCAUAAAAUGGACAUUAAAUCCUAAUAGAUACUUAAUCUUUCAGGGUUCUAAUCGUCCACAUGGUCAAUAUGGAAUUGCGCAUUCAUGACCUCUCCAACAACCCACUAGCCGUCAUCCCAUUAGGAGAGGCCAAAAUCCAACAAGGAUUUAUACGUAUCUUGCACCCCAUUGACAUAUCGGAAAUAAAAAAGUUAAUUAAUGAGAUCAGACACCAACUCACCAACGGUAGCUUCUGUACACCUAUGCAUAAUCUACUAAUGAUUAAACAACAAAUACUAUACGACACAUUCGCAAAACUUACACCAAUUAUAAACACACAAACACGCCCACACACAAGACAACGCAGAUGGGAAUCCUUUGGAACCGUCCUCAAGUGGAUUGCUGGUACUCCAGACGCCGAAGACCUUCGAAUGAUCAACAACUCCAUGAACGCACUCAUCCAUGAAAGCAACCAACAGAUCCUCAUCAACCGACAACUUAAUGAGAGGAUCACAGCUCUGGCGAACGUCACCAACUCAGUUCUAGACUUAUACAACGGAACGCUAGUGAAUCAUUACCAAGAGACUCACCAAUUCAUAAUGCUGAAUAACAUCGAAACUCUCACCGACCACCUAGAGACCAUAGAAGAUGCUAUCCUGCUUGCCAAACAUGGCAUCCCCAGCAGCAAAAUCCUGUCCAUUCACGAUUUCAAUCGCAUGGCCACCUUUCUCGGAAACUUCGACAUACCUAUCGACUCGAUGGAACAGAUACUCUCCAUUUCAACAGCCCAAGUUAUGCUAAACAACUCCCACAUUAUCUACACGCUCAAGGUUCCUCAAAGCUCCAAACAAACAUACUCAUACAACUAUGUCGACUCCAUCAUCACCGGUAAGAAAAGAAUCCUGAUCUCUAAAAACUAUUACCUACGCAAUAAUAGCGACGUCUACGAACUAAGUGCACCCUGCACUCAACAAAGACACUAUUAUUCAUGCCCAGAAGAAAACAUCAGUAUAGCACCUCGAUGCAUUGAAAAACUUAUCAAAGGACAGCAUUCCAAUUGUUCUUACGAGAAGGUUUAUUCAAACAGUAUAAUCAAGAGAAUCACUGACGAUGUGCUUCUAGUGAACAAUGCUGGAAUCGAACUAUCAUCAACCUGCAGCAAUGCCACACAAACACUCAAUGGUUCAUACCUAAUCCAGUUUAGUAAUUGCAACUUACAAAUCAACGGAGAAACCUACGGAAACGAUCAAGCCACCAUUAAACCCUUCAUCUACCAACCCACUACUGGACUAACUGUAGCAGAAUACAAGUUCAUCGACGCCCCACCAGCGGAAGUCUUGCGAGAACUUACCUUGGAACAUCGUGAGAAGAUUGAAACCCUUCAACUUCAAAACAAUUCUCUACACUGGAAAACUCACCUCUUUGGAACCUUCAGUAUUGGAACCAUCUCCCUCAUCCUAAUAACGUACAUCGCCGUAAAACUCUUAGCCCAAAGACGAAAACGGAUAAGCAUCACCUUAAGUCCCGACAUCGCAAUGCUAGAACACCCGAUAACCUCAGCACCACCAGCUGAACAACCAGAUACAACCACCCAAGAAAGAUACCCGGAAAUCUCUCAGUAUCUUUCAACACCUACCCAGUACCGUAACAUUAACUUUGCGGACAAAGUUAUCUAAGAGGGGAAGAGUUAACACGAGACUUGGUUUGCCUUAUGCAAACAGGGUAAUUCAACCGUGUAACGAUGCAUAUAUUAAUCUCCAUGCUAAUCUCCAUAACCCAAACAAAGACCUCGAGCCAAUUAUAAUUGGAAGCCUCUUGACAACUAGACCAUCACUUUCCCGUGCGACCCGGAUGAACUUGAUACGGUAUCAGAGAACCAGUAGCAUAAAUAUUUGAUAAUGGAGAAUCGUAAAAUUGUCGUAAACCCAAAACAAUGAUAGACAAAACAUCCGUUGCACCCGGUCACGCCACGCGCCUAGAACAGCACUUCUUAAUUAGGACGCAUAUAAAUACCCAGCUGCCAACCGGAGGAACUCAGUCUGUUUUAGGAGUUUGAUUCGCUAUCAUCAUCAAGAGUUUCAUCAGGAUCAGGAUCAUCGUUCAUCAAAGUUAUUCUACAAGUCUACAAUACCAGCCAUCGAGCAACGAGUACUACAAGUCUACAAUACCAGCCAUCGAGCAACGAAUACUAACAAAUCUACAAUACCAGCCAAGGAGCAAGAAA